GAGAUACAGUGUCGAGGGAGGUGUUUAUGUAGGGCCGUUGGCGGCGGUUAGAAAUUAGUCCGAGUCGAUCCUGUGAGGGUUGCAGUUGUCUGUUCUGAGUCUACUGGAGCUGCGCGCUUUCUAACCGCCCUUAGAAAUGGCUGACCAACUGACAGAAGAGCAGAUCGCAGAGUUCAAAGAAGCCUUCUCGCUAUUUGACAAGGAUGGUGACGGCACAAUCACAACAAAGGAGCUGGGCACAGUUAUGCGGUCGCUCGGACAGAACCCCACAGAAGCAGAAUUACAAGAUAUGAUCAAUGAAGUAGAUGCAGAUGGUAAUGGGACUAUUGAUUUCCCAGAGUUCUUAACAAUGAUGGCUAGAAAAAUGAAAGAUACAGACAGUGAAGAAGAAAUCAGAGAAGCAUUCCGUGUGUUUGAUAAGGACGGGAACGGCUAUAUAAGUGCCGCAGAGCUCCGUCAUGUGAUGACAAAUCUUGGUGAGAAGUUAACAGAUGAAGAGGUUGAUGAAAUGAUCAGGGAAGCAGAUAUUGAUGGAGACGGUCAAGUAAAUUACGAAGAAUUUGUACAAAUGAUGACAGCAAAGUGAAGACUGUACAGAAUGUGUUAAAUUUCUUGUACAAAGAUGUUUAUUUGCCUUUCUUGUUUGUAACUUAUCUGUAAAAUGUUUCCCCUUACUGUCAAGAAUGCAUGUAUAGUAAUUUAGAAUUUCAUUCAUGUUUCCCAUAUUACUGUCACUGUCUUAAAUUUGUUUCCAUGGAAAGGUGAUCAAGUAACAAGCUGCAUGUGGCUUACUUUGGAGUUCCUCUAAGCCCAUAGUGCACACAUUAGCUUGACGAAUUUUGUUCUGACAUGGAGCAUCUAGAAUUUUUUUUUCUAUCUUCCCUAUAAAAUUGGAUUUCUUCAAGUAACCUGUAUGCUUGUUGGAAUGUGGAGUAAACAACUAAACUGCAGAUAGUUAACAAUACUGAACUUAUGUUGCACUAAUGCAAAACUGGUAUACCCAGGAACUCGUACACAUUUCCCUUUCUCCCUCUGUGUUCCUCUGCUCCUGUCCUGUGUACAUCUUCACUAUGCUUUUAAACUUUUGUUUCUCUUCCUUUACCCACUUUCACUGAAGAGCUUGCAGCGCAUUAAGUUACUGAGUUGUGAGCUCAUACACCAGUAAAAGGUUUACUUUUUUAGCUUUUUUUUUUUCCCAGAAUAUCCUGCUUAUGGCACAAAUUUGCCUCAAAUCCAUUCCAAGUUGUAUAUUUGUUUUCCAAUAAAAAAAAAUUUAUUAUGGCUUC